AUGCUGACACUCUUCCUGCCCAGCUACGUCCUUGCGGUGGCGACUACUACCUUCUUCCUCAACACUUUUCACAUGAUGCGCACUUCCAAGUUCAGAAAGCUUGCCAAGGUCCCCUACCCCGCUCCCUAUGCCUCAGAGGAAGAGGCUGCAAAGAAUCCGAGCGCGUCCAAGUUCAACUGUGCCCAGCGUGCCCACGCCAAUUUCACCGAGAACCUAACUCCUUUCCUCGGCGCCCUCUUCGUUGCUGGUGUUCAGCAUCCCGUCCCUGCUGCCACGCUCGGCGGCAUCUGGUCUCUCUCGCGUCUGAUCUAUGUCCUCGGAUACACUAGCGACGCUGGCCCUAAGGGUCGUCUCCUCGGUUUUGCCGGUAGUGCCAUCAGCGACCUUGUCCUCAAGGGUAUUGCCGCAUAUACUUGUUACCAGCUCAUUGUAUAG